AUGAAUCGGUCAAAAUCCGACUCGGAAUGGUUCCAGCAUUUGGCUCACUUCUCCGUCUUUACAAGCUUUUGUUGCCUCCUUUUUCUCUCAAUCACAAUUCCCGGUUUGUAUCUUCGAUCAAUCGAUGAACAAACAAUGUUGCACGAAAGAGCGAUGGUGUUUAAGGAGAUCACGAACAAGCUUUGGACGGAAAAGCUGAAACUCCAGUCAACCCUCUUUGGAUCGACAAUCACUUUCUUUAGUCGAGCGAAGAGACAAAUUUAUGAUGGAGUUUGCAAGGGGUGUGGCCCUCUUGCUUGCCCGUAUGGACCCCCGGGCCCACCUGGGUUCUCGGGUUCCGAUGGCAUUCCGGGAGAAGCUGGAAAUCAGGGGACAGCCGGCGAUGAUGGAAUGGAUGUACAACUGGAUGCUGAACCGGAAAUGCCUUGUGUUGUGUGUCCAUCGGGACCAACUGGACCAAGAGGAGCUCAGGGUGAACGCGGUCGUCAAGGCAGUGCUGGUACUCCGGGAGAAAAAGGGCCACAUGGAAAUAUGGGAAUGGAUGGAGGACCGGGAUUGGCUGGAGAUGCUGGAGAAGCCGGAGAUAAAGGACCUGAGGGACCGACAGGACAACCGGGGAAGACAACAGUGGCCGGGAUUGGAAUCAAGGGGCCAAAGGGACCGCCUGGGCCCUCCGGAAUGAUGGGACCACCUGGGCCUGGAGGCCGGGGUUCGGUGCAUCCAGGAGAAACCGGUCCACCAGGUGCAUCGGGUCCAAUGGGGGCAGCUGGUCGACAAGGGCAUCCAGGCAACGAAGGACCCUAUGGGCCACCGGGUGACGCUGGAAUGCCGGCCAGUUAUUGUCCGAGUGAUUGUGGGGUGUCACAGAUCGUCUCAAAUAUAAUGCCAUCGGAGAAAGCGAGAAUGGAGAUCUUGAAAAAAAACGACGAAAACAAAGUGGACGAUAAUCAUUAUUACGGAGGGCCGGCUGGGACUGGGACGAGUGGAUAUGGAAGACGGAGAAUGAUGGGAUUGAUGACGCACCCAGUGAGCCAACCAUUCAGAUUACCCGAAGAAGACAACGGAGGAUGGGCAUAUGCACAUGAGAUGAGACAAAUGCGAGAUGAGGCUGUGUUCACCCCAAGACAUCGACUAUCCUAUGACAAUACGCCGCCAAAAGGAUACGAAAAUUUGUUGAAAGAUCGAUCGUUUAAAGCGAAAUUAGCAAGGAAAAUGAUGAGGAGAAAAAUGGCGAUGAAUAAGGUG